AUGACCGUCGGGAUCACGCUCGCCGCCCGUCCAUCGCCGCCCGCGACCGUCGCCCCGCGCUGCGCCCGCGCCCGCGACCGCUCGCGCGCGACGCGCGCGGCCGCGACCGCGCGCGCGACCGCUCCGUUAGAUCCGUCGCUUCCGUCGUCGUCAGGGUCGAUCGCGAUCGCGCGCCGCGUCACCGCGCUCGCCGCCGCGGCGACGCUCGCGGCCGCCGCGCCUCCCGCGCUCGCGGUCGGCCCGGUCUCCGUCCCGUUCGAGGACGUGACGUACGCGCGGGUGGAGUGCGCGAGAGGGACGAUGAGCAGCGUCGGCGGCGCGGUCAACGUCCGCGCGGGCGUCGCGUGCGUCGAGUUUUCCGCGACGGCGAAGAACCCGUCGAGCAAGGCGUUGAACAACGCGGACGUGUACGGGCGGGUGUACGACGGCAACGGCUCCGCGGUGACGGACGUGAGCGAGAACAACCGGAUCGCGUACGUGGACGAGGUGCCCGCGGGGACGUCGAAAGUCACGUUCGCGCUGACGAUGCCGGCGACGCAGUACGAAGCCGGCGCGUUAAGUUGGAGCGGGCUGAAGGCGAGCGGUUUCGCGGGUAAGAUUCUCCCGGGGCAGACGGGGGGGCUGGGGUUGCUCGGCGAGGACGAGUGCGAGCUCGCGGUGGACCCGGCGGAGUGCGAGAGCGACCGAGCCGCGAUGGGCGCGGUGCGAUGA